AUGGAUUCUAACCUUAAAUCGGCUUUGAAAAAACAUUUCAGCAAUUAUGAAAUGCUCAUGUGUGACAUUAAUGGCUUGUUUGGGAAAUAUCACAACUUUUCAUGCUCGAUGAGUACCUCGUUCGAUUGCCACAGGCUUAACAUUUCAGGAACUGUCCCUUAUACAUUUUCUGGCUUUACCCUCAAUGCUCCCUUGCUAAUCCAGGUUUUCUCUGAUUACCCGUUCAGUUGUCCUUCGUUCUUCGUUCCAAGCCGUAAUACAAAAAUAGUUAAAAAUCACCCUAACGUUGACCUUCGUGGGAACGUAACUCUUAAGUACCUGGAUGAAUGGAACCACACCAGCAAACUUGUACAAGCUGUUGAUCACUUGUGUUAUGCCUUUAGCAAAAUUUCACCUAUUAUUACGUUUUCAAACUCACCUGAGACUAUUUUAAAAUCUCAAUUCACGCAAUCCCCUCCUGAAGUUACUAACCAGCCAAUGCCUGAAAAUCUAUUUGCUAAACAUAAGUUAUCGGAUAGAGAUCGGAACCUGGUGGAGCACGCUCACCAGAAUAUCUUAACCUUGCUUAAGAAGACAAGAGAAGAUGUUAUCAAACAGUACAAUUUCAACAUGAAGAAGUACGAACUUCACAGGAAAAUACUUCUGAACUGGGUCGAAGCUCUUUUAGAGCUAAACAUCGUGAAUUUAAAAAUGGAUGAAGUUGAGGGUAAGCUUGAGAAUGAGAUGAACACUGAUGCUCUUGAAAAGGCUGAAAGUUUACAGGAUGAAGUCUCCGAUUUGGUCAGGAAUCUCACCAACUCUAGGCAAAUUCUCUCAUCACUUGAGCACGGAGACUUGGAAAUUGAACAGGUUGUAAAAUUCAAGGAUCCUGACUCAGAAAAGUAA